UCGGUGGUACUUCUCUAGUCUGACCUUCCGUUUUCCUGGGUGUGAGUGAUGUCAGUGUUAAAUCCCGAAUCUCUCUCCUCCUAGGUGUGGUACAGAUAGUGGAGGUGAUACUGAAUGGGAUGGUUCUCAUGUGUAUCGUGGCCUCCUACUUUGUCCUUGCUGGAUUCAGUGCCAGCUUCACCACUGGUGGCGGCUUUGGGAACAACUAUUACUCACCCUUUGAGGGCACUGAGCUGGAGCAGGUUCGGCAGCUGGACCAGCAGUACACAGUCCUCCGGGCACCCCUGAUAUAUGGUGGCGUGGCUGUUUCUCUGGGGCUGGGUGUCCUUACUAUGGGUGUUUUACUCCAAGGAGCCAAAAGUCUAACCAAAUUGUUGCCGACGUGGCUCCUGCUGGAGGUCGCCUUCAGCCUCCUGGCGGCAGUGAGCUACUGCGUAGGCAUCGGCAUUUACCUCCACGUAGCCUUGCGGAUCAAUUCCACAGACACUUGCACAGCAAGAGCACGGCUCUAUGCCCGCAAGGGCCUCACCUGGAUGAACUGCCAGCUGGCAGGCACUGAUGGGGCAGCAGCCACCUUUGCUUGUCUUCUGGUGAUCAUGUACGGCGCCAGCGUGGUGCUGGCCCUGCGGAGCUACUGGGAACAGAAGCACUACAAAGACAGCCAAGCACAGGACAGAAAUUACAACGACGCGCCAGAAUACCUGUGGUCAGGAACGCUCUGAGACCUCUUUUGGAACCUCACUGGCACCCCACCUCCCUUGUUUCCCUCAAAACGAUGUGUCCUUUAAAGUGGCACAUGACACAACUAUGGUCUUCACAUACUUGAUUUUACAAAUGUUCCCUUUGGUACCAGUGCAAAGCUAGAUGAUCAUUGCAUUUUUUUUUUUUUUUUUUUAAAUCAGUAAGUCUUUGUUGGCUGAGAGCAAAGAUGUCUCCAUCUUUGCAACAAAGAGCAACAUGAGAAGUCUGGGGAUGCCCUUAUGGUGGGGCUCUCUUACCACAUGGUGAUGUAAUCAUAAUAGCUAGAUAGCCAGAAAAAUUAUGAAAGAGAUGAGAAUCAUACAUCCAGAGUAGCAGGUCCAGUGUUACAGUAGAAAUAUCUUCCCAUCAUAACUGCUUAAGGUCACCAAAAGAAACAUGCCACUGCCCCCUGUAUUUAGUCCAAGGGAAACGAUUUUAAAGCAGUUGGAUGAUUGAGUUCUAAAUGAGUAAUUACCAUCUGACUCUCCUAGAAGGAAACCACUCUAUCGGUACAGCAGUGUGCCCAGACGGCCUGGGUCCCAGGGAGCCUUUCUCCCUUAGAGAUGGGAGGCAGGAUCCCUGACUCAUGAAAGGAGAUGCUUUGAGCAUGCGCAUUCCUCCUCAGGAUUCCCGCAUUAGGGCUGAGAGAAAACGGUUUUCCUGCCAGCAUUCCAAGUUACUUUUUUGUUGCAAGUCAUUCAACUGGAUUUCACGGUCCUAAAAUAUUUUACAAUUUUCUUAAAUAUGAGGCUUCCCGAUAGUGAGAAAUAAAAUUCAUAAACUUCUUAAAUGUGCUAUUCAACUGACUUAAAAAAUUAAACUGAAUUUUACCAGACUAGAAAGGCUUACUGGAGGCUUCUUCAUUUCUCCAUUCCCUGAUAGUCCCCUCUAGAGAAGGCCUUCAAAGGUAGUUUGUAAUCGCUCAGGACCUUGAAUUGUCUUCAUGAUGUAAUAGAUCAUUAAC